UUGCUUUCAUAGCCUGCACUUUUAUUGUCUUUUUGUUUCUGUGUUUGCUUAUUUAUAUCUUAGUAUUUUCAUGCUCUAAAUAGUAACGGGAACUGCUAAUUUAUUUGCUUGAAUCAUUCGAUUUCGAGCUCUCUAGGAAUGUCUUGAUUGCCUUGUUUAUCAUAGGUCUAUUUCAUCAGUUUCUAAACUAUAGUUCUGCAUCUUGGUAAGCAUCGAUGGGUUCAGGAAACUGGUUUAGAUCUAUCAUUUGUAUAAAGAAAUCCAAGUCAGACACCAAAAAACCAAAGACCCCAUCGAUACAGGUACACUCAGCUAAUGAAAAAUCAAAUGGUGGUGGUGAAGGGAGUCAUGAGGCUCCAGAAGAGGCUAGGAGUCCAGCAACAACUGGUGGUUCACUAAGCAGUCCUGGUCUUCCUGGAAUGCCAGUUGAAGAGAUGGCUGCCGCUCGAAUUCAGAAGGCUUUUCGCGCAUACAGGGCAAGAAAAGCAGUUCGCCGCUUAAGGGAUGCUGGGAGAUUCAAUAUAUUGAUCCAGGGACAUACAGUUAAAAAGCAAACAUCAAGCACACUAAGCUAUUUACAUUCCUGGUGCAAUGUACAAUCUCAAAUCAGAGCCCGGAGAAUAUGUAUGGUUACAGAAGGCAGGCUUAAGCAAAAGAAAAUGGAAAAUCAGAUCAAACUUGAGGCUAAGCUUCAUGAGCUGGAGGUAGAAUGGUGUGGUGGCUCUGAAACUAUGGAGGAAAUCCUUUCCAGAAUUCAGCAAAGAGAAGAAGCUGCAGUUAAGCGUGAACGAGCAAUGGCUUACGCCUUCUCCCAUCAGUGGCGGGCAAAUGCAAGCCAAUAUCUUGGCCAAGCAUCGUAUGGUCUGGGAAAAGAAAACUGGGGUUGGAGCUGGAUGGAGCGAUGGAUAGCUGCAAGGCCUUGGGAGGUCAGGGUUCAUUCUCAGCCAAUCCACCCAAGAAAAACUCAUGCCAGGCAGUCAAGUAAAUCAGAGAAGGAGAUGAAAGUUCCAUCCUCACUGAAACCUGCUUUGCCAAAUGGGAAAGUAGCUCCAAAAGUGAAAAAAGUUGCCCCAACCGAUGGCUGAAAUCAAGAUAUCCCCGGGGCUUGUCAAUGAUGAGUGAUUCAAUAUGAUUUCUUUUUGUAUUUGUGUGGAUUUGCAAUGCAAUGCAUACAAUAACAGGCAGGAUUUGUUGCCUCAAGAAAUUUGAGGAUGAAACACAAUUUUUUUUUAACUUUCAUAUUAUUCCAUUGUGCAUUAAUUUCAUAUAAUUAUUCAUUGCUACAUUGCAUUAUGCAUCAUAGGUAAAGCCCAACUACAUUCCAACAAGAAGCUCUACAUUUCAACCACCCCUCCACCUCAAAAUUUUUAUUGGUACAGUCUGAAAAAUCCCAGCUUUAAUUAUCCACUGUACAAGUUUAUAUAUUAUUAUAUUAUAAAAUUAGUUGAGAAAAAG